GAGAGAGAGGACCAGACCAGAAGCUCCGAGGCGGGUUGCUGCCUGCUGGCCGAUUCAGUUGUCUCCCUGGCGCUUCGGAGGUCGGGUCCGUAUAUCUCGGCUCCGCGUCUGUCGUGUGGGGUGUCUGUCCUGUCUAGUGUUUUCGCCACCGUAAAUAAUAAAUAAAUAAAUCCACCGAUUCGUAAUUGGCGUUGAAAUUGAUUUCCGUGUGACUCUGUGGACUGGUACUGUACCUUUGUGUUAAUGGAAUAUUUCAAUAAGAUGGACGGGGGUGGAGGGUUUGUGAGAGCCGGAUUACUUGGUCUAACUCAGGGCGUCUCACUCCAUGACCCACUCCGACUACACCAUGCUCUCCACUCACAGGCUACUGACAGCAUGAAGGAUGGUUCGAGUACCACAUCUCUCCUUCGGCCUCUGACCGACUACCCCCACCUGCCUCUCCUCCCCUUCACGGCGCCCCCCUUCCUGCACCCACACCUUGAUCCUCGCCUGCCCUUUUCUCCGUCGGCGUUCCACCCGCUGCAUCACCCAGCCCACGAAGCUCACGCCCGUGCACAGGAUGCUCACACAAAAUUACCACCACCGCCCACAUCCAGCCUCUCCGGAUCGGCCUUCUCGCCGCUCCCGGCCAAAACGCCCAAGAUGGAGGAGGGCGGCUGCUCCACCUCGGCCAUCCCCUGCACUUCGUCAGGCCUCUUCUCGCCGGCUCUCUUGGCCUCUCUCGACCCGAGGACCGCUUUCUUGACCGGCGGAGGGGGAGGCAGCGGCGGCGGCGGUGGGGGUCUCGGGGUCCUCGAAGAUCGGCGGGAUUCCCCGUCACCGCGAGGCUCACACGGAUCCAGGGAAUCUCCGGGACACGCUCGUGACACCGAUACGCCCAACUCCAACAGCGACGAACCCAAAGGCCGCAAACCCCGCCCGGGCGAGUCAUGGUGUCCCGUGUGUGGGGUGACCUUACGCCCAGGAGAACUAGAGAGUCACUUUAGCCUCGAAUUGGAAAAACUCGCUCGCCUCCCCCAGUCACGCCCUCUGUCGCAAAGGACACCAACACCCACUACAUCUACGACUCCCACAACAACUACGCCCACGCCUUCGUCAUCGACGGUGACUAGUGUGGCAGCGUCUUCGCCUCUCAGCCCACAUCUCCCACAUCACGCCCGCCUCAGAGAUCCUGGAUGGGAUACUUACCAGCGGGUGCGGGCCAACCGCCAAAUGCGGCUGAGGGCCAAGAAGCGGCGGUCAGGUCGAGGUGACGAAUGCGGCGGCCCGGCUUGUCCCGUGUGUGGCGAAAGGGUGUCGGCAGCCACAGCCGAGGAUCUCCACAGUCACGUCGAAUCCUGUCUACGCAGAGGUGGUAGUGCGGAGGAGGAGGUGGUCGUCGACGUCGAAGGGGACGGUCCCCCUUACGAGGAGUACGAGUGGUGCGGACAGCGCCGUGUCAGGGUAUCCUCCAUGCUGAGGCCUCCUUCCCAACUUCCAGAUCGCCAUCGGGACGGGCCAGGAGAUCGCAACGGAGACACGGAGAUGGGCAACGCCACUGGAGGCGGUGGAGGUGGGGGAGGGGGUGGAGGAGCAGGCGUCUUAGAAUCCUCCGAAGGGGGCAACGGCGGAAGCAGAGUGGAGCCCAUGAGCGUCGAGUUGGAGGCUCUGAAAGAAAAGGUUCGGGUGCUCGAGAGAGACGGCGCACAGCCUUCCAAGUUUCUCUGUUUAGUUUGUCAGACUGAGUACGAUCGACCGGCGGUGUCCGUAGUGUGCUGGCAUGUUAUGUGCGAGGCGUGUUGGGGCCACUCUUUAGGCAUCAAGACGGAGUGUCCCCAGUGUUCCCAGAGCGUGUCACCCGAGGAUCUGCGUCCUAUUCACUUGUGACCACCAACUCCACCAUAGCUAACCGCCAGCCACUCCUCCUCCUCCUCACCCCCUAUCCUUACCACCAC